AUGACGAUGUCAAAUGGGUGCGACGACGUGCAGCGUUCACUGGAGUUAUUGGACCAGGUGCUGAGCGAGUACGACGAGGGCGAGCCGCGCUCUUUGGAGGCUCGGGCUGCUGCCACGCCUGCCACGCCUGCCACGCCUGCUACGCCUGCCACACCCGCCACGCCGGCCACGCCCGCCACUGACGACGACUCGCCUCUAGCAGGACACACUUCAGAGGACGAUGGAUACAUGAGCAUGAACGGCAGACGAGCGAAAUUCGCGCUGGGUUUCCGUCCGACGGAGGAACGGGAGGAGCCUUCGCCCCCGGAUCCGCCAUCUCCGCACUCGCCGCCUCCACCCGAGGAAGCGCAGCGGAUCAUAUCCACACUAUUACCCAAAGUGUCACCUGCGAAUUCUGCAAAGCGCACAAUUUCAGCUGAACAAACGGAAGCCGGGGAGAAACUGGACUCCAUUAUUAGUGUCAAUGGAAUAACCACAGCUACACAAACUACGUUUCCGAAAACCCGGCACCAGCGGCCGUACGGUUGGGAGAGGGACGUCGACACGAACGGGUUCCAGCUGCAACCGGCACCGGUGCCACCGCACAGGUUCGCCUCGCUCCAGCACGGCGUCCACCCGCCGCAUGCCGACGCGGCCUGGCUGCCGCCGAGGCAGCCGCAGCCGGCGCAGCUCAAGUCGCCCAGCGUCGAGAGCCCGCCCGUGUUCCCGUUCAUGGGCUUCUCGAGCGAGUUCAACGACAAACCGUACAAUGAGCACCCCGUCACUAUAUACCCCGGGCCGAACGUGCAGUUCGGCAGGCAGGCGCACUCGCCUACGUGCAAUAUUCAAAAGGUGUCGCCGUCGAACAACAGAAAUUCGGAGAGGAAGAGCAACGUGAAACGAGACAGCAGAUCAGACGGGGAGCUGCUGUCGCCUAGAGGCAAACUGCCUCCGCGGACUCUCGCCAGUUCUAUGGAAAGGCAUAGAGAAGUGUGUAGAGGUUCCUCGGAGGACAUAAUGGACGGACGGAAGACCAGAGGUUCGAGCAGGAGCAACGAUGAAGAUCAUUUCUCUGAUGAUUCCUUGGAAGAGUCGCUCCCACCUCCGCCGCCGGCUACCGCCACACCUUCGAAACGCAAUUCCAUCGCAUGGGAAGUGUCCCUCGAUGGUGAUGAUCCUCUACUCACUCCGGGAAGCACAAAGGUCAUUGGGCGCAGGAGACGGAAAUCUGGGGACCAGUCGCAUUCAAGCACAAGCUCCAUACCGCAACGGCUGGAUGACGAUUGGGGUGAAGAAUAUUGGCCACCACCACCGCCUAUAGCACAAUGCGAACCUGUGGCAUCGCCGACCUCCGACAUGGAGCACGAUAAUCGCCGCGAUCUCGCGUGUGGCACAUACGUCAUCCGAAAGGGCAAAAACCGCAAACAGUUACCGACAUUCAACAAGAACAAUAUCAACAAGCCCGCGAACACAAACAGUAUAAUCCAAACGCACAGCUUAAACCGAAGCACUGACAAGUCGAUAGACGGUUCCAGUAUAUCCAUUAGCGGCUCGGGCUCUGUUAGUUCGUACAACUCGAGACCCAGUUCAGAUUUAAGCUUACCACAAUCCAGAUACAGCGUCGACCUCAAUUCGCGUUUGAGCCGUGAACUAAACACUCCGAACUCGAGAUACAGCAUAGACCUCUGCACGCCCAAUUCAAGAAUGAGCAAAGAGAUGACGUCACCGAAAUCGAGACUCAGCCUAGAUCUGAACAACGGCCAAGACAGAUACAUAAACCCGGAAUAUUUCGGUCACAGUCCUAAAAGCCGAAAGAUGGUGCCCGACAAGAUUGUCACGCCCAAAACUAACCCUGUACAAAAUAAACUAUCACCGCAGAACAGGUUCACCGACUUCAAGAAAUAUUCGUCGACGUUUGAUAAUAUACAAUCGCUAAUUAAGGAGGGUAAGGUGGAAGAGGCUCCGCAAAUUGAGUGCAAUGAAACUGUCAACGAACUCACCACUGUACCGCCCAACAUGGUACGUGUCAUUUCUUUACCUAGUCUCGGUGAGACAGAUGGCAACAACGCUAGUCGACAAGCACUCAUCACCACGGUGGAGGAAGAAGAGGACCAGGAGAGCGGGGAACCUGGCUCCAGCGGCGAUACGUCGCCUUUACGCAAAAUCGAAAACAAUAUCAGCGCGAUACUGAGCCAGGGCCGGGACCAGAAGCACUUUACGCCGUACAUACCCAAGGACUGGAAUAUACAUAAGGACGAGUAUUGCGAUGACGUAUCCAAAGAGAUGAUGGAGACCAACUACCGCUACAGCUCCAGGGAGAAGCACAGGAGGCACGACAUCCAGAAGUCCUCCAGCCACAACGAGAUACAAAGCCAACGGUCGAUCGACCGUCGGGACCGUUCCUCUGGCAGGCGAUCGAACAGCAUGCACAAGUCGACCAGCGCGAAGGAUGUACCAAUCAGCUUGGUACGCCAGCCGUCUUCUUCUGACUCGGCCGUGUCGAGCGGUGGGGACUUCCCGCUGAAUGUUCAGAUAGUGGAGCAUCCAUACAGACCCCCGUUGCCCCCUUCGCCCAGCCUGGGACACGACAAGGGCCCGCUGCCACAGACUCCAGAUUCGCCCAAGUUUCCCCCGUUGCCACCCUCGCCGGUACAAGAGGUCGAAGACGAAUACACCGAGAUUAUGCAACCCACGGAGAGACGUCACAUUAAAAAGGCAGACACUUUGCCAACUCCAACCAUGGAAUCAAGGAGAAGACCAUCGGAACCGCCAGCGGUGCCUCCACACCGAGAUACUACCAACAGCCUCAAAACGCGCUCUAUGGAAGCCAGCUACAACAAAAAUAGACGAAGCAGCAACUUUAAGAGUGGUUCAACGGACAGAAGAACACUACCAACAGACGUCGGUACCAGCGGUGCCCGACGACGCACGCUUCAACGACAAAACCGUGACGCGUCUGUGGGGUCCCGCGGGCCACUGCAGACGUCGGCAAGUUUACCCGAGACUCCAGUGUUCGCCCGCGGCUGUGACGUACCACGCACGCCACCAAGAAACUCCACAGGACCACCCCGUAACAACACUAUGAACUCCAUACAGACCAUAGGGAGCAGCGCCACCCUGGGCGGCUACGGUCGAGGCUCGGUGAUGGGCGCGGCGUCGGGUGUGUGCACCGGAGCCGACCUGCUACGGAUGGGCGGGCCCCCUCGCGGAUGGUACCCUCGUCAAAGACACCGGCCAGCGUCUACAGAGCACCUCGACAGACUCACGACGUCGUCAAAGAUGGCGGCCGAUCAUCCAGUGCCUUGGGAGGGUUCAGGCGCGCGUAAACCUUUAACGUUACCGCCGAAUCUGACACCUAAAUUCUUCCAAAAAUCACCGAGAGAAGCACUGCGUAGAGUUACGAGCUUAUUAAUAAGAAAAGGUAAUAAUGGUAAGGAGAAAGAGAACGCCCGCAGCAAGGAGGCAACAUCGCCAGCAGCACGCUCCGCUAACGGUGAUGAACAUCCAGGGCAGAAACAACGUAAAGGAUUUUUCCGAAGCUUCUGGAAAAAAUCUCGUCAUUACUCCUUGGAGCAUCCG